CUGGCUCCCGGAAGUGGAGGGUCUGUUCCGAGCGCCGCUGGGUCUGCGCGCCCGGAGGCAGCAGCGCUCGCGGAGCUUGCCUGCCGGUCCCCGACCGCCAUGUCGUCCUUCGACACCAACCCCUUCGCGGACCCAGUGGACGUAAACCCCUUCCAGGACCCCUCUGUGACCCAGCUGACCAGUGCCCCACAGGGUGGCCUCGCUGAGUUCAACCCCUUCUCCGAGACAAAUGCAGCGACAACGGUUCCUGUCUCCCAGCUUCACGGGCCCUCGCAGCCGGCGGUUCUGCAGCCCUCAGUGGAGCCCACCCAGCCAACCCCCCAGCUCCUGCUUAGGCAGGCCAGCAAGAUCCUGCCUGCACGGUUCCUGGCAGUGGGUGAGCUCUCAGAGAGGCAGAUGCUGCUAGCAGGAGAUAGUGUGCUCAGACACAGCCACAUGCGAGAGCUUCCGCAGGCCGUGGCUUCUGCGGCACAGGCAGGCCUGCUCCGGCAGCAGGAGGAACUAGACAGGAAGGCUGCCGAGCUGGACCGCAAGGAACGGGAGCUACAGAACACUGUGGCCAGCCUGCAUGUGAGAGAGAACAACUGGCCGCCGCUGCCCUCCUGGUGCCCAGUCAAGCCGUGCUUCUAUCAGGACUUCUCCACGGAGAUUCCUGCCGACUACCAGCGGAUAUGCAAGAUGCUCUACUACCUCUGGAUGUUGCACUCAGUGACCCUGUUCCUGAACCUGCUCGCCUGCCUGGCCUGGUUCUCGGGCGACAGCUCCAAGGGUGUGGACUUCGGCCUCUCCAUCCUGUGGUUUCUGAUCUUCACCCCCUGUGCCUUCCUGUGUUGGUACCGACCCAUCUACAAGGCCUUUAGGUCCGACAACUCUUUCAGCUUCUUCGUCUUCUUCUUUGUAUUUUUUUGUCAAAUAGGGAUCUACAUCAUCCAGUUGGUUGGCAUCCCUGGCCUGGGGGACAGUGGUUGGAUCGCAGCCCUGUCGACGCUGAAGCAGGAAUCUCUGGCUGUGUCCAUCAUCAUGAUGGUGGUGGCUGGCUUCUUCACACUCUGUGCCGUGCUUUCCCUGUUCCUGCUGAAGCGGGUGCACUCUCUGUACCGCCGGACGGGGGCCAGCUUCCAGCAGGCCCAGGAGGAGUUCUCCCAGGGCAUCUUCAGCAACAGAGCCUUCCGUGGCGCCGCCUCGUCCGCCGCCCGCGGUGCCUUCCAGGGCAACUAGCCCAGUGGCCCUGGGCCCUCUGCCCCUGCCCUCGCUGUCGCCUGCCUUCUGAGCUGCACUUUCCGUGGGUGCCUUAACGCGGUGGUCACGGCCACUACAGGCCGUGUUGGGAGGGUCUCACCACGGCUCUCCCUCCUCCCCAGGAGGGGCCAUGGGCUCUCCCGUCCACCCAGGGAAGGGGCGGGAGGGACAGGGACUCUCUCUCUUUUUUUUUUUUACAUGGCAAAAGAAAUCAUACAAAACUGUUUUUCCCUUCUUGGGCGGGGCCUCAAUAGGACUCUGGACUCAGUGGGGACAGAAGCUCUCGGGGUCGCUGGUUGACCUGCAGGGGUCCUGGGGCUCCCCCCCUCCCCGCCCCCAGCAGGCCUGCCUGCACCUGUUGCCACACAGACUACCCCCCUGCCCAGGCCAGGCUGGUCCAGCUGCAGCCAGAGCUCUGACCACCUGCUGGGGCAGCAGAAAGGGGGGAGGGAGGGGGGACACACUCCUGGGAGGACAGGGUAUGGAGUCUUUCUGAACCCCAGGCAGGGUCACCAACACUCGGUCCCGUCUGUCUCCUCCUACCCCCAGCUCUGUAGCUGGGCUCCUAGAGAACUUCUCCCCAAGCCUUCCACCCCUGCCUGUGGGAGGCUCAGCAGAGCCACCCGGGUUUUAUAAACUCCUUUUCUGGUAUUUUCUCCUCCGUGUACAAAUGUAUAUGUCUCAAUUUUUGUGCUUAAAUAAAAGAUUUUCUGACAA